CUUUUGGACAGCGAAUUUAAGAAGCCGGCGGAAUGGCGCUGGUCGCUGCUUAGACCCUGUGGCGGAGGGGAAAUCUCUAUCCGUCGUAUAUCCGUGCCAUCCUGCCUGCCCGCGGGUGCAUCCUGGAGCAGGUCUAUACCAAAACUUGAAUUCGGAGGUACUGGGUGACCCUGUUGUUUUGCCACCAUGUUCCUGUACAACUUGACCUUGCAGCGAGCCACUGGUAUCAGCUUUGCCAUUCAUGGCAACUUCUCAGGAACUAAACAACAGGAGAUUGUUGUUUCUCGAGGGAAGAUCUUGGAGCUGCUCCGCCCUGACCCCAACACUGGGAAGGUGCACACCCUAUUGACUGUGGAGGUGUUUGGUGUUAUCAGAUCUCUCAUGGCCUUCAGGUUGACAGGUGGUACAAAAGAUUACAUUGUGGUUGGCAGUGACUCAGGCCGAAUUGUCAUCCUGGAGUAUCAACCAUCCAAGAACAUGUUUGAGAAGAUCCAUCAGGAGACUUUUGGCAAAAGUGGCUGCCGCCGAAUUGUACCUGGACAGUUCUUAGCUGUUGAUCCCAAAGGCCGAGCUGUCAUGAUUAGUGCCAUCGAGAAACAGAAACUGGUUUACAUUCUGAACAGAGAUGCUGCUGCCCGGCUUACCAUUUCCUCUCCUUUGGAAGCUCACAAGGCGAAUACUUUGGUUUAUCACGUGGUGGGAGUAGAUGUUGGAUUUGAAAAUCCCAUGUUUGCCUGUCUGGAGAUGGAUUAUGAGGAAGCAGACAAUGAUCCAACAGGAGAAGCAGCAGCCAAUACCCAACAGACACUCACUUUCUAUGAGUUAGAUUUAGGGUUAAACCACGUGGUCAGAAAAUACAGCGAGCCCUUGGAGGAACACGGCAACUUCCUCAUCACAGUGCCAGGAGGCUCAGAUGGUCCAAGUGGUGUAUUGAUCUGUUCUGAAAACUACAUCACCUAUAAGAACUUUGGUGAUCAGCCUGAUAUCAGAUGUCCCAUUCCUAGGAGGCGGAAUGACUUGGAUGACCCUGAGAGAGGAAUGAUUUUUGUCUGCUCUGCCACCCAUAAGACCAAGUCUAUGUUCUUCUUUUUGGCACAAACCGAGCAAGGAGACAUUUUCAAAAUCACUUUGGAGACAGAUGAAGACAUGGUUACUGAGAUCCGGCUGAAGUAUUUUGAUACCGUUCCUGUGGCUGCUGCUAUGUGUGUGCUCAAAACAGGCUUCCUCUUUGUGGCAUCAGAAUUUGGAAAUCAUUACCUCUAUCAGAUUGCCCAUCUUGGCGAUGAUGAUGAAGAACCUGAGUUCUCAUCUGCCAUGCCCCUGGAAGAAGGAGACACAUUCUUCUUCCAGCCUCGGCCUCUCAAGAAUUUAGUGUUGGUGGAUGAACUGGACAGUCUCUCCCCUAUCCUGUUUUGUCAGAUUGCUGAUCUCGCCAAUGAAGACACCCCACAGCUGUAUGUAGCUUGUGGCAGGGGACCACGAUCUUCUCUAAGGGUUUUGAGGCAUGGACUAGAGGUGUCAGAAAUGGCUGUCUCUGAGCUGCCCGGUAACCCCAAUGCUGUCUGGACUGUCCGGCGGCACAUUGAAGAUGAAUUUGAUGCCUACAUCAUCGUGUCUUUCGUGAAUGCCACCCUGGUACUUUCUAUUGGAGAGACUGUAGAAGAAGUGACAGACUCUGGCUUCCUGGGUACCACUCCAACCUUGUCCUGUUCCUUGUUGGGAGAUGAUGCUUUGGUGCAGGUAUAUCCAGAUGGUAUCCGACACAUCCGAGCAGAUAAGAGAGUAAAUGAGUGGAAGACCCCAGGGAAGAAAACCAUUGUGAAGUGUGCAGUCAACCAGCGGCAGGUGGUGAUUGCCCUGACAGGAGGAGAGCUCGUCUACUUCGAGAUGGAUCCCUCAGGACAGCUGAAUGAGUACACCGAGCGAAAGGAGAUGUCUGCAGACGUGGUGUGCAUGAGCUUGGCCAACGUGCCUCCCGGAGAACAGCGCUCUCGUUUCCUGGCUGUGGGGCUGGUAGACAACACUGUUCGAAUCAUCUCUUUGGACCCUUCGGACUGCCUCCAACCACUGAGCAUGCAGGCCCUCCCAGCCCAGCCAGAAUCGCUCUGUAUCGUUGAGAUGGGUGGAGCAGAGAAGCAAGAUGAGCUGGGGGAAAGGGGAUCCAUUGGCUUCCUCUACCUAAACAUCGGGCUGCAGAACGGUGUGCUGUUAAGGACUGUCCUAGACCCUGUCACUGGUGAUCUGUCUGACACCCGUACAAGAUACUUGGGCUCUCGCCCUGUGAAGCUUUUCCGAGUCCGGAUGCAGGGCCAAGAGGCGGUUUUGGCUAUGUCGAGCCGCUCAUGGCUAAGCUAUUCUUACCAGUCUCGCUUUCACCUGACCCCCCUGUCCUAUGAGACCCUGGAGUUUGCAUCUGGAUUCGCAUCUGAGCAGUGUCCUGAGGGCAUUGUGGCCAUCUCCACGAACACUUUAAGAAUUUUGGCUUUGGAGAAGCUCGGUGCUGUCUUCAACCAGGUGGCCUUCCCCCUGCAGUACACUCCAAGGAAGUUUGUCAUCCACCCUGAGAGCAACAACCUUAUCAUCAUUGAGACUGAUCACAAUGCCUAUACCGAGGCCACAAAAGCACAGCGGAAACAGCAAAUGGCAGAGGAAAUGGUAGAAGCAGCAGGGGAAGAUGAGAGAGAAUUGGCAGCUGAGAUGGCUGCUGCCUUCCUGAAUGAAAAUCUCCCAGAAUCCAUCUUUGGAGCCCCCAAAGCAGGAAAUGGACAGUGGGCUUCUGUGGUCCGGGUAAUGAAUCCCAUACAAGGGAACACACUGGAUCUUGUCCAGCUGGAACAGAAUGAGGCUGCUUUUAGUGUGGCAGUGUGCCGGUUUUCAAAUACUGGUGACGAUUGGUAUGUGCUGGUGGGAGUAGCUAAAGACCUCAUUCUGAACCCCCGAUCUGUGGCUGGAGGCUUUGUCUAUACCUAUAAACUUGUGAACAGUGGAGAGAAAUUGGAGUUCUUGCACAAGACCCCAGUGGAAGAAGUCCCUGCAGCCAUUGCCCCAUUCCAGGGCAGGGUGCUGAUUGGUGUGGGAAAGCUGUUGCGGGUCUAUGACCUGGGGAAAAAGAAGUUACUCCGGAAAUGUGAGAAUAAGCACAUUGCAAACUACAUCUCAGGGAUUCAGACGAUUGGACAUCGGGUCAUUGUGUCCGAUGUUCAGGAGAGUUUCAUCUGGGUCAGAUACAAGCGCAACGAAAACCAGCUCAUCAUUUUCGCCGAUGACACCUAUCCCCGUUGGGUCACAACGGCCAGCCUCUUGGACUACGAUACUGUGGCUGGGGCCGACAAGUUUGGCAACAUUUGUGUGGUGAGGCUCCCACCCAACACCAAUGAUGAAGUGGAUGAAGACCCGACAGGAAAUAAGGCCCUGUGGGACCGGGGACUUCUGAACGGUGCCUCACAAAAGGCUGAAGUAAUCAUGAAUUAUCAUGUAGGGGAGACAGUGCUUUCCUUACAGAAGACCACACUGAUCCCAGGAGGCUCAGAAUCCCUUGUCUACACCACCUUGUCAGGCGGAAUUGGGAUCCUCGUACCUUUCACAUCCCAUGAGGAUCAUGACUUCUUCCAGCAUGUGGAGAUGCACCUGCGGUCUGAGCAUCCUCCUCUCUGUGGAAGGGAUCAUCUCAGCUUCCGUUCCUAUUAUUUCCCUGUGAAGAAUGUGAUUGAUGGUGACCUUUGUGAACAGUUCAACUCAAUGGAGCCCAACAAACAGAAGAAUGUAUCCGAAGAAUUGGACAGGACGCCACCUGAAGUCUCAAAGAAGCUAGAAGACAUCCGUACCCGCUAUGCCUUCUGAGCCCAACAGUGGACUUGCCCCCAGGCAUGUCAAAGACUGUGUUCUAAAGAGCGUUCUGAGGACAUGCAGGUUGUUGUUUACCACCCCCUCUUCCCUCCUUUUUUUCUUUGUGAUCACUUUGAUUUGAUCCCAUGGGACAGGAGGAAGGGGCAGUUAUUAAGAUCUUGAAACAUUUAAGCUGAGAGGUGAUGCGUGGCCCUGGCCCAGCCUGGGACAUCCCCUCGGUCCCAGAUAUAUUCCCUGCUUGGAUUGCUUUUCCCUCCCAACUGUGCCCUUCAUUUUUGUACACACCCUUCAUUUUUAACUGGUUUUCUUGUAAAUAUAGUUUUGUACAAUGUUGACUUUAGAAGGGGGUGAAUGGGGGCUGUUGGGGAGAGCUGAAGUGGGCCUGGUUGCAUAGUGUGAACACCAUGAAUUGUACCACUCUGGAUCAUAAGAAAUACAAGCCCAUUCUUUUUAAAAGCAUUGUCUUCCUUGUGGCUUAAGGCUGAGAUCCAUCAGCAAGAUCUCGGUUACAGGAAUUGGAAUGAACAGUUUUGUUCCCUUCUCUAAGUUUUUUCCAUACUUUUCUGCCCUUUGUGUCUAACAUAGGCCACAAACUACUUUCUAGCCCUCAAAUUCAAAAUGCAAAUUGAUCAGAGGUUAUAACAUGCUUAUCAUUGUAAGGCAGAUCGGGCAGCAACACUUGACUUCUUCCCUGGUUUAUUGAGUUCCAAGUUAUCCAAUAAGCUAAGUGGAUUUCUUGUCUUCUUUCUCAGCCUAAUUUCCUUCUGAUUUUUCUAUUUGGUGAGACAAAACCAACCUCUUCCCUUGGUCCCAUAGUGAGACAUUGGGUCCCUUUUUGAGAAUACGCCCCCUCUCCCCUGCCCCCUACUCCUCAUUCCCUGGAUUCUACAAUGGCUCCCCUUUGAAGGAAAUUGCACACACACUGCACGGUAGCUUCAGAUUGCAUUGCUCUCAAGAAAGCCGGUGACUGGCUCUCAGUGUGGCGGUAAGCUCUGGAAGUCACACCACUUCAGUUACCUGACGCCGAACAAUAAAACAAAACAAAGGGGCCUCUGUUAAAAGUAAUGAGAACCAGUUAUCAGCCAGUACAGUUUUCAGGUGCAAUGGGAAAUGGCCUUUGAGAAAUAGACUCUGGAGAUUUGCUGAUGGCCAUCCUCUUUACCUUUUCUGAUUCGGUGGAAUGGCCCACACCAGCAUUGCCCCCGAGCCAUUAUGUGACUGUUGCCACUCUGCUGGCAGGCUGUCUUGAUUUCAGAAUUAGUUAAGGGAGCCUGCCUCAGUUUUACAUCCCCAAAAAACCCAGUGCUGUUACUGCCUUGUGUUUUAACAUACCUUCCCAUCAUUCUCCUUGGUUGGUGGUUUCUCAUCAUGACCAAUAGUAUUUAUAGCUAGGAAGGAAAGCAGAGACAAAUUGUCUUCCUCUGACCUCUGUUACCCACCUCCACUUAAGCAUUUGGCUUGGAUGCUUGAGCGCUGUCUCGGGUCACUCCAGCCUCUUUGCUAACUAAAGGUUUGACCUUGGUCCUCAUUUCAUUUUUCCUUCUGUCAAGGGGGUCAUUCCCCCAUGUUUGUUUUAUUAGCUGUGUAGGCAGCAAGGGAACACAUUGCCUCUGCUUUGACCUAAGGAGCUUGAAAUACCACCCCAUCGUUCCCUUCCUCUCCUUGGGGAGACCGUUUCCUCACUUGAGAAUUUGGUUUGUAUGAAUUAUUUUAAGUUUAUGACUUCAGCCUAAAAACAUAAACAGUUCUUUCAGCCUGUACUGCUAACAUCACUAGAAGCUAUCUGGGAAAAUGGAAAUAUAAGGGAUGGGUCCUGCUUCAGCAAUGCUAUUCCUUCAGCUGAGGGCCCAGCCAUACACCCAUUCACAAGAGCAGAUUGUAGCCCUGUCUUCAACCCAUGCUUAACAGCUGUAAGGAAUUUUUCAAUAUGAAUGUUCCAUCCAGCUCUGGAUUCCGUUGAGCAAGGAAACAGUUGUCUAAUAGCCAAAGCAGGAGCUGUGAUUCAGCCCCAAAUCUUUCCAUUACUCAUGCAUCCUGUUCUCUUCUAAAGGAAGCUCUGGAUUGCUAAGGGUCUUGUCUCUGUUACACGUGGGAUCUAGCAUAAGUGAGCAACUUCAUGGUCUCCCAGUGAUGUAGGAAACUGAAGCUUCCCUCAUCUUGGUAUCUGGAAGUAUCCUCGUCUGUUUUUUCCUGUUCCGUUCUUCCAGUCAGUCGUGUAACAGUGCACAAAGGGAGGAUCAAAAUCACUUUCUUGGUUUUUCCUGAGCUGGGGUUCUUCAGAUACUGUUUCCUUUUGAAGUUCUUCUAAAAACACAUUCCUCCACAAAUUGAGAUUUAAGCUGGAACCGUGGCUGCUACGUUGCUUAUCUUAGUUUGGGUUGAUCUUGGAGCAACUGCCACAGGGCUCCAGAGGUCAGGUGCUUGGCUCCAGUGGGCAGAGCUAGGAACAGUGAGCAAUGGUUUCUGUAGGAAAAUACAGGCGAAAUGAUCACUGGAAGAAGAUGUUCUUGGUCAUACCCUGGUUGGACUAGAUGACCUUGAAGGUCCAUUCCGACUUCUACUCUGGGCCUUCCUUCCAUUUCUGGGCUUCUUGGAAGUCAAGAGACACCGUUCAAGGAUGGAGCCUUCGGGGACCUGGUAUGAACAACUUGAGGCAGUUUCCUAGUGAGAAGGUCUUAAGUAAGGAUGAGAAGGAAGGUUGGGACCUCUUGUCAGAAGAGACAUGACACGGCCUGGCUCCAGAUUUACAGGUGGUAUGUGCUGCUGGGCAGUAAGAGGCCGGGGACCACCCCACGGCCAGAGCUAAGCCUGUUUGUGCCCUCCUUCCAGGCAAACUGGAACCAAGAGCCGUAACAUGCCGCCAGGCCCCGUGUGGGUCUGCACAGCUGGUCAAAGAAGUCUGAGGGAAAUCUGAUCAUCUGGGUCUCACCUUUAACCAUAGGUGCCACCUUGGAAACAAACCAGUCAGCCCAGCUGCAAGUUGGCAGGGUGCCCUGUGCCUGCUGGAGAGGCAUGUUCUCCAACUACCUCAUCAGGUCCUGCCUUUAUAGUCGAGAGACAGGAAAGGAGCUGCCUAUAUCCUGGGAGUGGGAGAAAAGUGAUGAGCAAACCGAGGAAGGUGGGCCUGCAGGGGUAUGAGGCGAAGGGGAGGCAGACCUAGAGAAGGGUGUGGGGGGGCGGGGUGGACACACCUGCCCCCCAGAGGUGCCACACACUGGUUGGAUGGGAAAAGCAGACCUGUCACUCAUGUGCAGACUGCGGUUUGGGGACUAUGAUAACUGGGAAAGGCUAAUGGCCUCUAAAUGACCCGAGAAAGGGACCUUUCCCUUGUCCUUGUAGGCAUUGCUCCUAAUAAACUGGGACUCUGCUGGAUUCAGCUGCAGCUUAGCUAGAUAAGCUUCCAGGUCCCAGUCCCAGUCCCAGUCCAUCUAUUUCUGCUCAGGUGAGCAACUUGAAGCUCCUUUUUUUUCCUUUCCCAAUGCCUUACUUUCACUUCACUGUGCUAUGAGCCAGGGGACACAUUUCCACUGUCACAACUAUUGAGAAGAAUCCUGUGCCAGAUCACAGGGGCUUUUAAAAAAAUAAUAAACUUUCAGAUUGAAUGAGCCUUUCACAAUGACAAGGAAAAAGAUGCAAGGACAUCUGAUAAUUUAUAGGAUAUUCUGUUUCAGCCAUGAGCAAGUGAUCAGCUCUAUUCAUUAUCUAUUGUCAGGGACUUGAUUUGGGAUUUCAGUUACUUUGAUUUUCUAUUAGUGAUCUUUCCAUUCACAUGGUCAUCGUGUGUAUUCCCUUCAUUCUUAUAUUAUUUUGUAAAUUUUCCAAAUUGUCAUUUCUCACUGCACAGUAACCCAUUCAUCCACCCUAGUUUUUCCACCAUUCACCAAUUGAAGGUUGGUUACCCACUUUUUGUGGCAACAGAGAACUGGAAACCAGCUGCUAUGAAUAUGCUGGUAUUUAUUGGAUCUUUGUUUCUGUCUUUCACUCCUGUUGAAUCGAAGGAUACGGACAAUUGUUUUCUCUAAUUCUGUAUCAAUAUCCAGACUAGUUGGACCAUUUCACAGUUCAUGCAUUAGGAUAAUUUGCCUUUUUUUUUUUUAGGCAAUGGGGGUUAAGUGACUUGCCCAGGGUCACACAGCUAGUAAGUGUCAAGUAUCUGAGGGCAGAUUUGAACUCCGGUACUUCUGAAUCCAGGGUCGAUGCUUUAUCCACUGCGCCACCUAGCUGCCCCUAAGGAUAAUUUUCUUUUGACGAGACCUAAUUGGGGCCAAAUGAUCUGUUCUUUGAAUAAAAGCUAAGGUACCAGGGCAGCUAGGUGGCGCAGUGGAUAAAGCACCGGCCUUGGAUUCAGGAGGACCUGAGUUCAAAUCCAACCUCAGACACUUGACACUAGCUGUGUGACCCAGAGCAAGUCAUUUAACCCUCAUUGUCCUGCAAAAAAUAAAUAAUUUUUUUUUUAAAGCUAAGGUAUUUUCAUCCUAGGCCUGUAGGAAUAUAUGCCUUUAACACUGGCCCCUGAAAGCAAUGGUAUAUGAAGCAGGGGUUGGCUAACUAUGAUAGCCCACUGGCCGCAGCUUGCUUUGGCUUUUACACUUUAAAGUUUACGUUUGAAAAUGUAAAAACCAUUCUUAGCUCAAUGACUACAACUGAUUUUUUUUUACUUGUAGUUCAACAUCAUUGGUUUCCUUUGUAAUUCUAAGUGUUUUAUUUAAACACUUAAAACUAGUAUUCUUCAAUGCCUUAGAUAGGCUUCACCAAAUUGCCAAAGAGGGGCAUACCAAAGAAAAUUUAGAAUCCCUGAUUUUUUUAAAGAAAGGGAUCACUCCUUAAGGGCUGACAUUAACUAGAGGCCCGAAAUACUUGGGAGGACUCUUGGGAAGUAUACUCAUAGUUUUCAGGGUAAGUUGUUUCUUACCUUCUUCCCACAAGCAGAGGCAAGGUAAAUCAAGAUAGUAUGGCCCUGACUUUGGCUGGGGAAUAAAAAGAAAAAAUUUCAAAUUGAUUUGAAGGCUGGUAUGUAGUAUAACAGUGAAGGAACUUACUGGACCACUCUGAAAUUCUACUGGCCUCACCUUGACCCCUGCCCCCCCCCCAAAAAAAAUGAGCAUACCUCCACAGCCAGGCUGGUAUGAACUGCUUUCUUUGGAAUAUUUGGCAGCAGAUCAUGCUAAGGGUUAGUGUGUCCCCUGUCAUAAGUUAAGUGGAGCCUGGUCAGGGAGAGCUCUGUGACUUGGAGAGUAAAGGGUUACAGAUGUACAAGGAAAUGUCCAUUAGUAAUUAAUGGGAAGACGGGAAGGUAGUUUGGAAGAAACUAGAACAGACAUCUCACCAUAUAUCAAGAUAGGGUCAAAAUGGGUACAUGAUUUAGACGUAGAGGGUGAUGUCAUAAGCAAAUUAAGGGAGCAUGGAAAAUUUUACCUGUCAGAUCUGUGGAUAAGGGAAGAAUUUACGACCAAACGAGAUAAAGAGCAAUAUGGGGCAUAGAAGCAAUAAUUUUGAUUACAUUAAAUUAAAAAGCUUUUGCGGGGGCAGCUAGGAUAAAGCACCGGCCCCGGAUUCAGGAGGACCUGAGUUCAAAUUCGGCCUCAGUCACUUGACACUUAACUAGCUGUGUGACCCUGGGCAAGUCACUUAACCCUCAUUGCCCUGCAAAAAAAAAAAAAAUUGCACAAACAACCCAUGCAACCAAGAUUAGAAGGAAAAGAGGGGGAAUUUAAAGCAAGUUUCUAACAAAGGUCUCCUCAAAUGUAUAGAGUCACAUUUAGAAGAACAUGCAUCAUUCCCCAAUCAAUAAAUGGUCAAAGGAUAUGAACAGGCAGUUUUAAGAAGAAGAAAUUAAAAUUAUCAGUAGUCAUGAAAAAAAAUGCUCUAAAUCAGUAUUUGU